UUAAAGUUUAAAAAAAUAUAUUAUAUCUGUAAAAAUAUUAUUUCCUUUGGCCUCUGCAGCUUAUCUCCCGAUGGUCUUCGAAAAAAAAGUGUCUCGCGGUGAACAUAAUAACUAUUUGCAGAAUCAUCUGAAAUCAAAAAUUCAAAAAGAUGCUUUUAGUAUAUUAAAAAAUGCAGUCCGUAAUCGAAGGAAUUAAAAAAAUAUCACUUUUUGACAAAAUGGCAGCUUCCAAAAAAAAAGUUCAUUUUUAUGGAAAAAAAAAUCGACUUCAAAUGUUGAUUUAAAUUAUAAUUUUAAUUUUAUUUAAAAGAUCUUCGAUUAAAGACAGCAAAAAGUAGUUAUUAAUUUUGUGUGAAAAUUAGAGCUAAAUCGGUUCAGUGGUUUUCGAGAAAUCGUGUUCAUCGAUUUGAGAAACAUAGUUUUGAGAAAAACGAUUUUAAAGUUUCACAAACAGUUUACAUUGAGUUAAAAAUUUUUUCUAGUUUUGUCUGUAACUUGGGAAACAUUUCUCGAAUCUUCAUAAAAAUUUUUUUCACAACAGAGAAAUAUAUAUUCUUUAAGAAAAUGCAAAAAAAAAAAAUCGAUUUUUUGAAAAUCCUGACUGUAUAUAACCCCUUAAGUAGAAUUUAGUUAUUGUGCACUCGUGAAGAGAUUGGGCACACUAGGAUAGCAAAUAAUGGCGCGUGUGGUGAAUUUGUGAUUGUUGUCAUAGAGUGUGGGAGGUUAAACUGCGAAUAAAACAUACGUUGUACGCAUACACAUUGGCUUGUGUUUUGGAAGCGGGUUGCCCCAUCGCCGCCGUACAUUUGUUUAAGGCAUCUCCCACACGAGAGACGACAGAAGCUUUUAUUCGCAGACAGGCGACUGGCGACAUUGUUUUGGAAUAGCACCCUGGUGAGAGGAUCGAUAUUGCCUGGACGACAUGAUGCACCAUUCGCCCAGAAGGAGUCCCCGACUAAACGAGGGACAGAAUAUCGCAACGCAAGUAGAUGGCAGCGCUUCGGCCCCGCAACCUAGUGUAGGGGCGUCGCAAGCCGGCGGCCGAGGCAGUGAAGCCCCGGCGUCAUCAGCGCAGCUGGCAGCAUCUGGAGCCACCAGGAAACCGAAGGUGGCCGACCUCAUGGAUAGGAUUGCCGAGUUGGAGAAGGAGUUGGAACGUCCUCGCAGCGCUAAUAUGGAACGCACCGUUAUGUCGAGUGAGGUUGGGGUAGGUCAGCCGCCAUUUGCAAUCGGCCUGACCGUACCCAACGCGACAAGUGUUUAUCAUGCGGCGUCAGAGAGACCGCCAUCCUGGAGCGGAUCUCAAACGGUACAGUGUUCGCAGAACUGUACCACGAGGAUUAAUCACGCAUCGCCAUUUUGCGCUACUGUUCCAGCGCAUGGUUUCGGGAUGCAGAAUGAAGUGGCCGGCGGAACAUCGGUACGUGCGCCUUCUCCUGGAGACGGUGCUUGGGCGACGAGCAUUGGAAAGCUUCCUGAACUGCCUACGUUCGGAGGGAAGCCAGAGGACUGGCCCAUUUUCUACUGCGCGUUUACGGAGACGACGCAAGCGUAUGGUUGUACGGACUUGGAGAACAACCAAAGGCUACUGAAGGCGCUAAAGGACGACGCGCGUGAGACGGUGAAGUCGUUGUUGAUUCACCCCAGCAAUGCGAAUGCAGCGGUGGAGCAGCUGCGUUUUAGAUACGGCCGACCGGAGCAACUAAUACGCAGCCAGCUCAACAGCAUUCGAGAUGUGCCUGCAAUUACGGAGAACAAUCUAGGAAAGCUCGUCGCAUUCGCCACCCGUGUCAGCAACCUCAAGGUCAGCGAAGGCGGAGCAGCACCUGGGUAACCCUAUGCU